CGAAACGACCUGAAUGUUUGUUUAUUGUAUUUGUGCACAGACUGUGUAAAAAUAGCGUGUAUGCAGCUAGCGAUUUGUGAUACGGGAAGACGGGCGCACAUAGAAUCAGUGUUCCGGCAGAAUUUUAAGACGACAGAACCAUUUUGGCGUAACUAUUUCUCUCCACAAAGGAAUUGUUGAUUUACAAGAGAACUCAAGAUGGUGGAAGGAACAGCAUCAUGCAUCAAAUAUUUGAUGUUCAUCUUCAACUUCAUUUUUUUCAUCUUUGGUCUUGGUAUCAUCGUUGGAGGAAGUCUGACAUUGACUCUCUACAGUGAGUAUGUAGACUUCACUGGUAAUACAGGCACAGCUAUACCUAUAGCUCUCAUCUGUAUUGGUGUCUUCAUAUUCCUGACUGGAUUCUUUGGAUGCUGCGGAGCAGUCAAGGAGAACUACUGCAUGCUGGGAACGUAUGCUUUCAUCAUGGUCCUUCUUCUAAUCUUGGAGCUUGCUGCCGGUAUCUCUGGCUAUGUCCUUCGUGAUGACAUUGAUAAGCUGGUCGAUGACAACAUGACUGACCUUCAGAAGGAGUAUAACUCAUCUACUUCAACGCAACAACUCUUUGAUAACAUGCAGAAGAAUCUGGAAUGCUGUGGAGUGGAUAACUACACUGACUGGAUGGGAUAUAACAUGUCUCAUCCUGACAUGGUCCCAGAGUCAUGCUGCAUGAAACCUGGUACAGCAGGAUGCAAUCAAGUUGGCUCAGCUACCUUAGAUAUCUAUACAAAACCUUGCUACAAUGCACUCAAAGAUCUUCUGCUUCGUAACAUUGGAAUUAUUGCUGGAGUAGCCAUCGGCAUUGCUGUCAUCGAGAUCUUUGGUAUUGCGUUUGGGUGCUGUCUGAUGAGAAAGAUCAAGAAUGAAUACGAGACAGUUUAAGAUGGCCACCAUGGGGGAUGUCUGGGGUUUUAUCUUAGGCUUUCUACCUUCUCUCAUUAUCAACCUUUCUCAUUAUAUCUAAGUAACUCUUUUCAAAAUCUAAAUCUAGAGAAAAAAGCUAAUGUUUUGGGAGCCAAGCUCUAUCAAAAAGUGUAUUUACUUUGCUAAUUGAUUUAAUUAACAUGCUAUAAUUUUGCGUUUGUCACUUUGCAUUGAAGAAGGCAUACUUUUAGAAAUGAUCUAAGUUUACAGUACUGCACAAAAAGGGCUUAUAAUACUGAACACUCAUUCUAUUUAUUGAACUUUGUUGUAUACAUGUAGGUAUUUUUUAUGUUGAUAAUGUUAAAAAGAAAUUGCAUGUAGAAGAAAAGCAAUAUUGUUUUGUUCAAACUUAGUUUAUUAGAAUGUAUAUAACACUCUGAUAUUUUUUAUUUUUAUUUGAAAAUAAUGAUUUGCAAAGAAUUUUUUUUAUUUGCAGUGUGAAUGAAAACUGAUAUUUACAGAUCACUUUGAGUUCUUUAGGAUUGAGUUCAAAAUAGAAAAAUAAAGAAAAAAUUUAAGUUGGAAAUAUAUAUAUAAAAGUGCAAGUAGUAACUGUAAAUUGGAUAUAGUACUGUAAUAUCUCUUCUUUUGUGUUUGUCUUUGUCACUAAAAAAAAAUAAGUUUAAAAGGUGUUCAUGUAGAGGGUGGGGAAAGUGUUGGUUUUGGUAAAUGUGUAAAGUAUAUAACAUUUUAAUUAGUUUAUUCUCAUUCAUUCUAAUAUGUCUUCUGAAGUUUAGAUAAUCUGAUUCCUUUUCCAAGAUUGCUGUAAAAUUUAAGAAGUGUACAAGUGAAAGACCAUGAUAAUGUGUCAUGUACAUGCUUUAUUCUCCAUUGUAACAUAUAUUUCUUCAAAACUCAUC